CGCGCGCGCGCAGCCACUCUCCUCGCGGCAGCCUGCGCGCCUUGCGCCGCCGGCCCACCGGGGGCUCCACCGCCCUCGCCUCGGCCUCGCUAGCCCGCCCGGCCGGCGCUCGGCAGCUCCUCCGCGAGCCCGCCGGGAACUCGCGCCCUUCGUGCUCCCGCGGCGCCCGAGGUGGCCGCCUCGGGCCAUGGUGUUCUUUCAGGAGGCUCCCGCCGCCGAGCGGGGGACGAGCGAGAUGCAGCCGCCCGGCCCCGCGUCCGUGGGGGCCGCUCCGGUGCACGGCCCCGGCCUCUUGGACGGCCCCGGGGCGGCCGCCGAGAAGGUGGAGUUAGAACUGGUGGGGCCGGCGGGCGCCGAGCCCCCUCAGCCUCCUGAGGGAGGUCGGGGCUGGCUGGUGAUGCUGGCGGCCAUGUGGUGCAACGGGUCGGUGUUCGGCAUCCAGAACGCCUGCGGGGUGCUCUUCGUGUCCAUGCUGAAGACCUUGGGGUCCAAGGACGAUGACCUGAUGAUCUUCAAGACAGCAUGGGUAAGUUCUCUCUCCAUGGGGAUGAUUUUCUUUUGCUGCCCAAUAGCCAGCGUCUUCACGGACAUAUUUGGUUGUCGGAAAACAGCUGUCCUGGGUGCUGCUGUUGCAUUCAUUGGACUCUUGUCCAGUUCUUUUGUAAGGUCCAUCGAGCCUCUGUACCUUACCUAUGGAAUCAUAUUUGCCUGUGGCUGCUCCUUUGCGUACCAGCCUUCAUUGGUCAUUUUGGGACACUAUUUCAAGAAGCGCCUUGGACUGGUGAAUGGCAUUGUCACCGCUGGCAGCAGUAUCUUCACAAUUUUGCUGCCUUUCCUUUUAAGGGUUCUAACUGACAGUGUGGGCCUCUUUUCCACACUGAGGAUCCUCUCCAUCUUCAUGUUUGUUCUCUUUCUGGCUAGCUUCACCUACCGACCUCUUGCUUCCAGUGCCAAAGAUAAAGAGAGUAGAACCGAAGGAGGCAACAGAUUCUCCCUCUUUUCCAGGAGAAGGUUCAGUCCUCCAAAAAAAUUUUUCAAUUUUGCCAUCUUCAAGGUGACAGCUUAUGCAGUGUGGGCAGUUGGAAUACCACUUGCACUUUUUGGAUACUUUGUGCCUUAUGUACACUUGAUGAAACAUGUGAAUGAAAGAUUCGAAAGUGACAAAAAUAAAGAGGUGGUUCUCAUGUGCAUUGGCAUCACUUCAGGAGUCGGGCGGCUGCUCUUCGGCCGGAUUGCAGACUACGUGCCUGGUGUGAAGAAGGUUUAUCUACAGGUACUCUCCUUUAUCUUCAUCGGUCUAAUGUCCAUGAUGAUUCCUCUGUGUGAUGUCUUUGGGGCCCUCAUUGCUGUCUGUCUCAUCAUGGGUCUCUUCGAUGGAUGCUUCAUUUCCAUUAUGGCCCCCAUUGCCUUUGAGUUAGUUGACACCCAGGAUGUCUCCCAAGCAAUUGGAUUUCUGCUCGGAUUCAUGUCUAUACCCAUGACUGUGGGCCCACCCAUUGCAGGGUUACUUCGUGACGAGCUGGGCUCCUAUGAUGUGGCAUUCUACCUCGCUGGAAUCCCUCCCCUCAUUGGAAGUGCCAUCCUUUGUUUUAUCCCAUGGAUCCACAGUAAGAAGCAAAGAGAGACCGAUAAAACCACUGGAGGAGAAAAAAUGGAGACAAUGUUGGAGAACCAGAACUCUCUGCUGUCCAACUCAUCUGGAAUCCUUAAGAAAGAAUCUGACUCUGUUAUUUAAUGUCUUAUAUACCUCCAACAGACUGGAUUUGAUUUCAGAAUUUUAAGCAACUUUUCCUUUUAUAUGAAUUGCAAAUUUCUUACUUUUUAAUCACAUCCUGAGAAUAGCACAAUAAUUGGGAAGUAGAACCCUUAUUACUACAAGAACUAUUUUCUGCCACUGAAUAGCUGUUCCAUAUUUCCAUGAGUCUGAGGGCAGAGACUUGGGUACAUGAAAACAUGUCUGAAAGUCAAAUAUUGUGAAAAUUUGAAGCUAUCUCAGUAAAAAGCAGCUCUAGAAACUGAAUGCUAUUUAGCUUGUACAAAUAUUUUAAAAUACCUCAAGCUAUACUGAAAGGGUUACAGUUUGGUUAGGACUGGAAAUAUUGUUGGUCAUCUCACAUGGCGUUUUUAGUUCUGGUAUCUCUGUUUUAGUUUCUUCUGCUAUUUGGAAACUUUUUACAAAAUUUAAGCCUGGAUUCUAGAUAAUGCUGGUAAACCUCAAGUCUUUGUUCAAGUUGCUUGUCUGCUGUUAAAUAAGCUAUGAAAUUAAGUUAUUCUGACUUGCUCCAGUCCCAGGAGACUGCCCUGGAGCAGAUGCUAACAAUGUAUUCAGAACAAGUAUGUGGAAUGAAAAGGAUCCUGUUCAUAAGAGCAGAGCAGUUCAGGAAUCAGGCAUUUCUUCCAUUUACGUUUGUUCCCUAUGGGUUUGCAGUGCAUCUUACUCAAGUAGCCAGAAACCCCCCAAAUUUCUGAAUUUGUUUAAAUUGUAACAAUACAGUAAAAUACAAUGAAUGAAAGAUAUUCUGGCAAUUUUAACAUAGAAUUUUUCUGGCUUCUGUAUUUGUUAGACUAGGACCUGAUAUUUAAACAAAGUCUUAUUGAGCAUGUUAUAAAGUUGUGGUUUCAGGCAUGAAUGGGGGAAAAAAAAGUCUUUGUAUUCAUGAAGAAAAUAUCUGUUUCUGAUAGAAACAAUUGCUCAAAUUGGUUUAUGAAAUUAAUGGGUCUUGAAAGGUUAAAAUUACUUAUAAAGAGAAACAACUACAUUUCCAAAACUUUCUGACAAAAAUUUGCAUUCGUAUGUAUUUAUCCUAGCGUGCUCCCCAUUCACAUUCCCGGCAGUUUUUCUGUUUAUACACAGACAAUUGUAAGAAAGCUAUUGGAGUUUUAAGGACCUAAAAUGAAAACCAAAGUCAUGCCCUGAUGCUUGCUCAUCUAAGAAAAAUAGGAACACUUUCUUCAUCCUUGAAAUUAUACUUUAGUGCAUUUUUGUUUUAUUUAGUACAUUUUUAUUUCUUUAAAAGUUAAUAUGCAAAACAUAUUUAAAUUCUAAAUAUAGAUGUAUAUUAGAUCUUCCUCAAAUGUAGCUUGUUCACCUAGGAAGAAGAAUGCUAUGUUUUUCUAAAGCACCUCUAGGAUCCAUCUGUUUCCAAAUUCUCUGUAAGCAUAGAAACUUAAUUAUCUCCCUACUUUUCUUUUCAGCUUCUAUCAUUUCUAAAAGGCAAAGCCCCUCCAUUCCUUGUCUCUAGCUGAGGAUGGAGGUACCUGGAAAGCAUAUGGAUUUGUAGUUGUUGAUGGGGAGGGGGAGCAGCACGCAGCCAGCUGGAGGGACGUGAGGCUGCUAAUUAAACGGCUAGAAAACCUAAUAACUUUUCCUUUCAGUAUCAGCUUUCUUAUCUGCAACCUUGCAAGUUCAAUGUGUAAAUGCUAAAUGUAGAAUUUAUUUUUAAUCGGAUUUUAAAUAACUUUGAUUGCAAAGACAUUCAGCAACUUACUGUGCCAUACACGUAGCUGCAACUCACUGCUUCCAAUACUUCCACAUUUCAUAUUCAGGGGACUUAGGUUAUUUGUUUUUUGGAAGGUUCUGUUGCAUUAAAAAAAACACACACACACACUACAUUUUGACCAUACUGCCCUUUCAUGUUCUUACGUUAAGCUUUUAGAACAUGACUUAGAAAUGAUAAUAUAAUACACUAUCAGGGUCUUCAUUUAUUCAUGCCCAGUUAUAUGAAACACUAUUUCCUCAUUAUUAUCAGUGCUUUUGAGAUCAACAAAAAUGUACAGCUAAGACCAAUCAUCAAACCUGCCAUUAUAAAGUGUUUAUUUUUUAAUUCUAAAAUACAAAAUUUACUCUAUAAAGACCUCCAAAAUGUUUUUCCUUUCAAAAUUUGGCUAAUUUUAGGGAAAAAAAAUAGGUAAGAAUUUGAAACUCAAAAGACUUGAUCUUGCUUGGUUAGUUUCUGUAAUAAAAGAGCAAAGUGACUUAAGUAUUUAUAAUAAAACUUAGAUCUCAGAA